AUGUCAUUCAUCGACGACUUUCCCAUCAUGACCAACGGCUGCAAGGCAAUUCUCCAGGCAAUGUCCACCCAUGUCAUGUACAUCGCCUUCGACCGACUGGCUCUCGCAGAUAUUAGCAUCGACAUCGGGACACUGCUGAUGAUUAUGCAUUAUGCAAGCAAGAACAUUGCAGAGAAAGCUCAUGGAUACACAAGAGUCAUUGGCACUUGUGCUAGUCUCAAUGUCUCGAGCGCUGUUUCAGUGACGGCAUCUCAGACAAUGAUGCUAUUAUUCAAAUUUGUCAUACCACCCGUGAUCCCCUCCGAUUGUUUUCUGGAGGAUCCCUUGCCCCCAAAAUCAUGCAUCAUGUCUAUCAGGCACAAAGAAUACGGCGAAGGCCAUCCGAUUAGGGAUAGUCUAAUGAAAUACGGCGGCCGACUCGAGCUCGAAAUCUAA